GUAAAAUGGCGGCGGUGUGAAGUGCGGGAGGAGCCGCUCCCGCGCGGGCCCCGAGGCGGCGUGGGGGGACCCGGGGGAGGGCAGGGCGGCGGGUGGCGUUAACGGGGUGUCCCCCACACACAGGCCCCGCCGGCGCCGGGUCUCGUAGGAUGGCGCUCCGCGCUCUGCUGAGGGCCGCGGUCUCCCUGCGUAGCUCCGCUCUCGGAGCGCUGCCCCCCGCUGGGAAGCAGCCAGCGGCCCCGAGCUUGCAGCAGGCCGCCGGCAUGGCCACCCUGAACCAGAUGCACCGGAAGGGCCGGCCCGCGCCGCCCCCCUUCAAGCUGGGGCCCACCUUCGGGCGGCCGCAGCUGAAGGGGGUGGUGAUCAAAACCCUCAUCCGCAAGCCCAAGAAGCCCAACUCGGCCAACCGCAAGUGCGCGCGGGUGCGGCUGAGCAACGGCAAGGAGGUGGUGUGCUUCAUCCCCGGCGAGGGCCACAACCUGCAGGAGCACCACGUCGUGCUAGUGCAGGGCGGCCGCACGCAGGACCUGCCGGGGGUCAAGCUGACCAUCGUGAGGGGCAAGUACGACUGCGCCCACGUCCAGAAGAAGAAGUAAACAGCAGCGAGAGACAGCGGAGGGGAUAACGGGGCCCGGUUUUAUGCCAUUAAAGCCCAGCGGCCCGGA